AUGAAGCUCCUCUCCUUUGUUCCGCUCAUAGCCGCAUCGACCUCCACAAACGUUUAUGACAGCAAGACUAUCGUAUCGGUCACCUCCGCCGAUGCUUUCGUCGACGUUCGGGAUGUCCCAAAGCGUCUCGAAGAUGCCAAGGUCGCGCUCAAGCCUGGAAUGGCCGCCUUCCUGAAGACGGCAACUAUCAAGACUUUGAAGUCCUCGGGCUUGCAGGUGGUUGCUACUUCCGAGGACACAGUGAGCUCCGACGAUCUUUGUGCCUACUUGAAGGACGCGGCCUCCAAACUCUCCGGUCUGGACUGUGAAUGCUCUCCUAAUUUCGCCAUCAAGGAAGAGGACACCAGUGACGAUCUCGGCGUGAAUGAUCCGAAUGCUUCCUUGCAAAAGGCAUUCAAGCGGAUGAACAUGCAAGACGUAUGGAGACUAUCUGCGCCCUACGCGAGGCGAACCGUCGCCGUGGCUGUUAUGGAUAACGGCCUCAACUUCAGCGAUCCUGAGAUCGCUCCUUAUCGCGGCGUCUUCCGUAAGAAGAGCGGUGGAUCCAUCGAUGGUGGCUGGAAUUUCGUGGACGACUCCUCAAACUUAACAUCGGCUAAUCAGCAUG